AUGGUCUACUACUGUUCACAAGGAGACAACAAGCCAGGGAAAAUCCCAGAAGCUGACUCCUUUCUUCAUGAGUUAAUCAAAGCAAUUGUCAUGGCCGCAGAACUCACAGAAGUUACAAAGCAGAUUGCUUUUUCAGGAAACACCAAUGCAGACAGCGUGGUGUAUUACAAACUUCAGCACUCCAUCAAAGCAAGAUUUCUGCGGUUUGUCCCUUUGAACUGGAAUAAUAAUGGCCGCAUUGGCAUGCGGAUUGAGGCCUAUGGCUGUGCUUACAAGUCCGAGGUGGCCGAUUUCGAUGGGAAGAGUUUCCUGCUCUACAGAUUUAACCCCAAGGCCGUGACAGCACUAAAAGACAUAAUUUCUCUGAAGUUUAAAACUAGCCAAAGAGAUGGGAUUCUGCUCCACAGAGAAGGACAGAAUGGAGAUCACAUCACAUUGGCAUUAGCUAAUGGAAAGCUUUCCUUACUCGUCAACAUAGGUGAUGCUAAAAUGUAUUCUGCUGAUGCCCAGAUAAAUAUCACUCUGGGCAGCCUUUUGGAUGAUCAGCAUUGGCAUUCAGUCCUCAUUGAACAUUUCAAUAAUCAAGUGAACUUUACAGUUGAUAAACACACUCACCAUUUUCAUGCAAAGGGAGAAUUCAAUUAUUUGGACCUUGAUUAUGAGCUCAGCUUUGGAGGGAUUCCAGUGCCUGGAAAAUCAGGGAUAUUACAAUGGAAAAACUUUCAUGGAUGUUUUGAAAAUCUUUAUUACAAUGGUGUGAAUAUUAUUGAUUUGGCCAAGAGACAUAAACCUCAAAUCAACAUUAUGGGCAAUAUAUCUUUCUCCUGUUCAGAGCCCCCAGUUAUUCCUGUCACCUUUUUGAACCCCAACAGCUAUCUAGCAUUGCCAGGUACAUCAGGCCAAGACGACAUUUCAAUCAGUUUUCAGUUUCGGACCUGGAACAAUGAAGGCCUUUUGCUGUCAAGUAAACUAUAUCAGACUUCAGGUGGCCUCCUUAUGUAUCUGAGUGAUGGGAAGGUUAAAUUGAGCCUGUAUAAGCCUGGAAAGGGACAGACCGAUAUCACUGCAGGUGCUGGGCUGCAUAAUGGACAGUGGCAUUCGGUUUCAUUGUCAGCUAAAAAGAACCGUGUAAGCUUAAUAGUAGAUAAUGACGCAAGCUCUUCCUCUCAUGCAUCAAUACCGAUACAAAUCCUUUCGGGAAACACUUACUACUUUGGAGGAUGUCCUACUAAUGCCAACAGUUCAGAAUGUAAAAAUCCAUUUGGCAACUUCCUUGGAUGUAUGAAGCAAAUUUCCAUUGGGAACAAUGCAAUAGAUUUAAUUUCAGUCCAACAGAACUCAGUAGGAAAUUUCAGUGACCUCCAGAUAGACCUCUGUGGCAUUAUAGACAGAUGUCUGCCUAAUUACUGUGAACAUGGGGGUGAAUGCUCUCAGUCUUGGAAUAGUUUCUACUGCAAUUGUGCAAACACAGGUUAUAUGGGGGCUACAUGUCACUCAUCUAUUUAUGAGCAAUCUUGUGAAGCCUAUAAGCACAGAGGGAACACUUCAAGCUUUUACUAUAUUGAUUCAGAUGGGAGUGGUCCCUUGGGCCCGUUUCUUGUAUACUGCAAUAUGACAGACACCACUUGGACAAUCGUUCAGCACAAUAACACAGAGUUAACAAGAGUCAAAAGUGCUAAUCGAGAGAACCCCCACACUGUGUUCUUCAAAUAUGCUGCCAGCUCAGAACAGCUUCAGGCUACAAUUAACCAUGCAGAACGCUGUGAACAGGAGCUUGCUUACCACUGCAAAAAGUCACGGCUUUCAAAUAAGCAAGAUGGAAUUCCAUUCAGCUGGUGGAUUGGAAAAAUCAAUGAGACUCAAACUUACUGGGGAGGUUCUGCACCAGAUGUUCAGAAAUGUGCUUGUGGAAUGCAAGGAAGCUGCAUUGAUUCUCAGCACGACUGCAACUGUGAUGCUGACAGAAAUGAAUGGACUAAUGAUUCAGGACUCUUGUCCUAUAAAGAACACCUGCCAGUAACAGGACUCUUCAUCACUGAUACAGAUCGACCAAAUUCAGAAGCAGCUUACAAAUUGGGGCCGUUACUUUGCCAGGGUGAUAGAGAAUUUUGGAAUGCAGCCUCUUUUAACACUGAGGCCUCGUAUCUUCAUUUCCCCACUUUUCAUGGAGAACUUAGUGCAGAUGUGUCAUUUUUCUUUAAGACUACAGCUUCCUCUGGAGUGUUUUUGGAGAAUCUGGGAAUUAAAGACUUCAUAAGGAUAGAACUGCAUUCACCAGCUGAAGUGACUUUCUCCUUUGAUGUGGGCAAUGGGCCGAAUGAAAUCACAGUGCAGUCACCCACUCCCUUAAAUGAUAAUCAGUGGCACUUUGUGAAAGCUGAAAGAAACAUCAAAGAAGCAUCACUGCAAGUGGAUCAGCUCCCUCAAAGGACUCAUACAGCUCCAGCUGAUGGGCAUAUCCGUUUGCAGCUCAACAGCCAGCUCUUUGUUGGUGGGACAGCGUCAAGGCAGAAAGGAUUUUUGGGCUGCAUUCGUUCUUUACACUUGAAUGGAGCAGCACUUGACCUGGAAGAAAGAGCAAAAGUUACCCCAGGUGUAAAACCAGGUUGUCCUGGCCAUUGUAGCAGCUAUGGUAACUUGUGUCACAAUGGAGGAAAAUGCACAGAGAGACACAGUGGAUUCUCUUGUGACUGCACUUUCUCUGCAUAUGCGGGGCCAUUCUGUACGAAAGAGAUCUCUGCAUAUUUUGGAGCCGGCUAUUCAGUGACCUACAACUUUCAUGACACCUACAGCUUGGCUAAGAACUCCAGUUCCCAUGCUGCUUCUUUCCACCCUGAUAUGACAUUGAUCAGAGAAACAAUCGCUUUUACCUUUCGAACUACGCGAAUUCCAAGCUUACUUCUUUAUGUAAGCUCUUUCUACAAAGAGUAUCUUUCCAUUAUUCUUGCCAAAAAUGGAAGUUUACAGAUUAGGUACAAGCUAGAUAGUCAUCAAGACCCUGACAUCUUUAGCAUCAAUUUCAAAAGCAUGGCCGAUGGGCAGCUUCACCAUGUGAGGAUUAAAAGAGAGGAAGAAAAGCUAUUUGUGCAGGUGGACCAGAAUGAAAGGAUGAAAUUCUUUCUGUCUUCAGAUACACAGUUCAAUGCAAUCAAAUCACUGACACUUGGCAAAAUCUUAGCAGAGAAUAGUGAUGUGGACCCAGACACCAUGAAGGCAAACUCUCAGGGGUUUAUAGGAUGUCUCUCUUCAGUGCAGUUCAACCAUAUUGCUCCUCUGAAGGCUGCGCUGGAUCCUUCCAGCUCAGUUCCAGUCACCGUGAAAGGACAUCUUACGGAUUCCAACUGUGGCACUUUAACAGGAGCCGACACAACCUCAGGAGAAACAACCCAUUCACUUGCAGAUCAUUCGGGACCAAUAGAUGAGGGAGAGCCUUUAGCUAAUGCUCUAAGGAGUGACUCUGCAAUAAUUGGAGGUGUGAUAGCUGUUGUGAUAUUCAUUCUGCUCUGCAUCGCUGCCAUCGCAGUACGGAUUUAUAAAAAGAAAAGUGUAUAUAAAAAAAAGGAGGUGAAAGGUUCGGAAAAUGAGGAUAGUGCUGAGACUGCCCUGAAAAGUGAGCUCAGCGUGCAAAACACAGUCAAUGAAAACCAAAAGGAAUACUUCUUCUGAUUCACCUUUACAAUUUUGAAAUAAUACAAUUCAGAAUGAUAAUGCGACCGUCUGACUUUUCGCUAAACUGGGGGAUCUCAAUGGACACGAGAAAAGGGAGGAAGGG